AUGGAUUCCAAUGGAUUCUACAACACUUCCAUGGGAGAAAAUGCUGAUAGAGUCAAUGUUAUUGCACUCUGUAGAGGAGAUGUUCUGCUCGAUACAUGCCGUAGUUGUAUCUUUAACGCCGCACGCUCUAUCUUACAGUCCUGUCCUCAUCAAAAACAAGCGAUUUUUUGGGGUUCUUUCGAUUUGUGUAUGUUACGCUACUCAAACGAAUCCAUAUUUGGAAAACCUGAAAAUCAUCCCUCUUUUGGUGGGUGGGGAGAUGAAAUUGUCACAAAUAGGAGCGAGUUCGACCAGGAUGUGAGAACAUUGUUGAACAGGCUACGCAACACGGCGGUUGACGGUGGUUCCUUAAAGAAAUUUGCUGCUGCAAACACUCCUGGACCGGAUUUGCUGACUAUUUAUGGACUUGUGCAGUGCACCCCUGAUUUAACCUCGGAGAAUUGUAGUUUUUGCCUGAAUCAGAUUACCGAACUUCUAUCACAUUGUUGUAGUGGAAGACCAGGAUUUAAUAUCAUCAGACCCAGCUGCAUUCUUCGUUAUGAAACCUAUACAUUCUAUAAUGAUAUCCCUCAGCCGGCGCCGGCGCCACCACCACCACCACAACCAGUGUCAGCUCCAACACCAACAAUACUGGCACCACCAGGAAAGGAUGAUAAUACAUCUCGAACAAUUAUCAUUAAUACUAUUGUUCCAAUUGUUGCGGGUCUAAUACUUGCUCUUUUCAUUGGCAUCGUCAUAAGAAUGAGACGAAAGAGUAAACCACAAGAAAAAUAUGAAACUGGCAAUGAAAUCAGUACCAUUGAAUCCCUGCACUAUGACUUUGGUUCUGGUUCUACGGGUUUCUUUUCAGCCAUUUUGAGAGAGUUCUUGGUGCUAGACUGCUAG